CAAUGCCCCCACGAGGUUGUCACUUUAUUACACAGGUGUACAGGCAUAUAAUUGUCUUUUUCCAUUUAACUUGAUGAAGAAGCGGCGCCCCCAAUUAAAAAAAAAAGAAAGGGGCGCUCGAUUCGAAUCACGCCCUAGUUUUUUUCCUUCGAUUUUUUCUUUGUCUAUCUAAAUCUACGAAUGCGGUUUCAGUAACCGGGAAGGAAGUUUUAUUUUUUUGGUAGAUAGCGGGGAAAGGAAGGUUGGGCAGGGCGGAAGGUCAAUUUAAAAACAGAGUUUCAUAGAUCCUUCUGCUACAUGUUUUAUCCAGUCGAGAAACCCUAAAUCGUUUUCAGUUCUCGUGUGGGCAAAUUCGUAUUCUCCAGUUCUCUGUAUAUUCUUCAAUGGGUCUGUGGGAAGCUUUCCUCAAUUGGCUGCGAAGCCUCUUUUUCAAGCAAGAAAUGGAGUUAUCUUUGAUAGGGCUUCAGAAUGCAGGAAAAACUUCCCUUGUGAAUGUUAUUGCAACUGGAGGGUACAGUGAAGACAUGAUUCCUACGGUUGGAUUUAACAUGAGGAAGGUAACUAAAGGGAAUGUGACAAUAAAGUUAUGGGAUCUUGGAGGCCAACCCAGGUUUCGCAGUAUGUGGGAGAGAUAUUGUCGUGCAGUUUCUGCUAUUGUUUACGUUGUUGAUGCUGCUGAUCAAGAUAACCUGUCGAUCUCACAAAGUGAACUUCAUGACCUGUUAAGCAAACCGUCAUUGAAUGGCAUUCCAUUACUGGUACUAGGAAAUAAGAUUGACAAGCCAGAAGCGCUCUCCAAAGAGGCAUUGACAGAUCAGAUGGGGCUGAGAUCUAUGACGGACAGAGAAGUAUGCUGCUUCAUGAUUUCAUGCAAGAACUCAACUAACAUUGAUUCCGUCAUUGAUUGGCUUGUAAAGCACUCCAAAUUGAAGAACUGAGAAGAUAAGCGUGUUUGCACUUUCGGUGGUUGGUUGGUGGCAUUGUUUCUUCUUGUCUAACUGGAUUUUCCGAUUGUUUGACCAUUGUCUUCUCUAUGCAAUAUGUUAGAGAGUGUUCCCCUUCUGAUUGGGAGGAUACUGUUGGGGGAUUGUGUGAUAAUUUGUUGUAUCCUCUUAUCUACUCUGUUGUGAGCAUGGUGUCAAUUGGAUUUUAUGUAAUUAUACCUCAUCUGGGUGUGAAGGCUGAAUUUGGAAUGAAUCUAUAGUUGGGGAUUGAUUACUGUUGUUCA